AUGGCCAAGUUUGACAGUCUUCAUGUGUUCACCACGGGAGGUCUCCGUCUAAAUCUGUUUCCUGUGGUCCGGGUCACGAGUCAGGAAAAUGCGGUGAGCCUGUGCACAGGCACAGGCGUGGGACUAGAAGUGGAAAGCAUCUGUGCAGGUGAAGAUAACUUGAAGCAGUAUGGCAAGCAGGGAGUAGCGCCCCCAUGGGUUUCCGCCCUCGUGUUGCCGCGCGAAGUUUCCAGGCAAAAGGUGGCGAGCUGCCCAGACUGCGCCGUGCUGGAUUCAAAGGAUGUCCAGAACAUGUCCGACUUGUUGAGGGCCCGUCUGCGACAGAAGCCCUUCGAUCUUCUUAGCUGCUCAGAAGAAGGCAUAGUUAGUUUUCGUACUUCAUUUGUGCCACGCUUUGCGCUUGAGGCAGGAGGGGCCCAUGAUGGACAGCUGCCAAGAGUGUUUGGGGAUCUUUUGGGCGUGCAGGUGUCGAUGUCCUGUUGCCUCCACGAAGGGGCUGAUCUUGACGACGAGGCUCGAGGGAAGUGCGCGAUGUAUCUUAUUGCCUACGUACAGCCAGAGUAUUGGGAAGAACGCGGGAAGAAGCCUGGCAUCUUCAAGGUGACCUUGACGUAUGAUGGUAGAAAGAUUGGAGCUGAUUUCGAUGGUACCGAUGCUGAGCGGGGACUCAUGGUUAAGACCCUCGCGGAAGAUGGCAUGCUGCCUGAGUGGAAUCUCGCCUACCCCGACAUGGAGGUGAAGCCCUUUGACAUGGUCAUCGCGGUUAACGAGGAGGCCGGCGCGGUCAAGGACUUCCAAAGCAAGACGGCGGCGCCAGGUGAAUCGUUUACGCUGACUAUGCAGCGCCCUGAUCAAUAUGAGAUCUCCAUGUCGCGAACAAAGAGCCUGGGGAUCAAGUUGAGUUACAAGAAGAGUUCCCAAGGAAUUGUGAUCGGCGAGAUCCUUCCUGACGGGGCCUUCGAGCAGUGGAAUUAUGACAAUCCCGCUCUCCAAGUGACUGCUGGCGACCGGAUUGUGGCUGUUGGAGGCGACAAGCUCCUUGCAGAGGAUAUGACCAAGAGGCCGCUCAGCUGCGCUGAAAAUGCUGAAGCCGCGACCAAUAACAAUGUGACGAAGCCUUUGCAGUGCAGCGGAUGGGACAAUCCUGCAGGCAGCAACAGCCUCUACUACCACUCAGCGAGACAGGAGGACAUGACAGGAGAGAGGAAAGAGGACAGCUACGCGGAGAGAUGGCAGAACAGCAAGAAGGCUUGCCUUGCAGUGUCGCGCACCCCAGUAGACGCGACAGCUUUCGUGGUUGCAGUUGUCGAUGAUGCUCACUCGUUGAUCAAAGCAGUCCAAACAGCAAAGACCCAUGUCGUUUUCCCUGUAUUUCCUUUUGGUAGGUCUCAGAUCAAGGGCUCGGAGGGCAGAGGUGUGAAAGGGGAGGCUUUGGAGCAUCCGACCUUCUGUGCGGGCGGCGCUUGGACCUCCACGAGGCUUUGGCUCGGCUUGGUGCGGCCCUUGCCAGGUGAAGCGGAGGCCCCGCCAACAGAGGUGCGAAGUGAAAAGGCCCUGGUGGAGGCCUCCCGCUGCUUCGAGGCGGCCAAGGCCAAGCUGGAGGUGGCCAUUGCGAAGGUGCUCGCCGACGCCGGCCGUGAGGGGCGUGAGGGACGCCAGGUUGAGAGACAGGUUGCGCCGUUGGGCUGGGUGGAGCAGGCACUGCAGGACGUUGUGCAGGAGUCGGACCCACACAAGCGUCGUCGAGGCCUCGCAGCAGGGUGGGUAGCGGAGACCUUCGCCAAGUUGGUUGGGAGUACGCCAGGAACUCCUCGUGGGACCUGCCGGGUCAAUGCUCUGCUCCAGGCGCCUCCCACGGCCUGGGAACAUCCACAGGGCAAGGCUGGCGGCUGGGUCGAUGAGGCCUUCGCCGCCUUGACGGACGACUGCUGCCAUCUCAAGGAACUUCCAUCCAGGAGCCUUUGUGAAGGGCGCGUGGGGACUGCCUUGCAAAGGCUGAAGUCACUCGGUGGAUGGGCUUGGGUGGCCUUUGCCUAG